AACAUUCAUCACACCUUCAAUAAACUCCAAAAGAUGCUCAUUGCGAGUUACAACUUUGGCAGUACUCCGUCAGGAGUGCCAACGCUUCUUUUUCUUUUCUUGUUCAAAUCAACCUUUCUCUGGAUAAUCUUGGGCUUUAUAAUAUUAAUUCAAUAGCAGCUUUUUUUACAGACUACUCUAACAAUUAUCGCCUUGAUAACCUUACUGUUUCGGAGCUCAGCCUUUGCAGGUACAUGUCUUUUAGAUCUGCCAGAACUGUGUUUUAUGUGCAUAUUAAAGCUUAUUUCAACAAAAAAAAACCACAAAGCUUCUCCCAAUCCAUCUCCUUAUCUAUCUUCCAUCGCAACACCUCUCCCUUUCUUUGCUUGACAGCCCUAUCAGCGCUUCUAGUUUUAACUAUUUUUUUUUUAACUUUUUUAGAGUUACACGGACAUGCUUGGUCGAAUGGUUAUGCAACGCAGCAAGAAACUGCUUCAGUUCAUAUCUUGCUUCCAGUAAACAACAGUAACGUUCUUUUGAUCAAGAAUGCUGUGUGCUUGGCCUCCAACUUUUUGUUUACUUCACCUUUGAUUGUCUUUUGUACACUUUGUAAACACUUCUGAACAGUGUCCUUGUAUAGUUUUACGUAUAAGAAAAUACGGUUAUGAUAAAAAAUUCAAAGAAUGUCAAAAUUCU